GAUUAUUACCAAGUUCUAGGUUGUCCAAGAAAUGCGGAUGAAAGUGCUUUAAAAAAGGCCUACCGAAAAUUGGCCGUCAAGUGGCAUCCGGAUAAGAACCCCGGCAAUGAGCAAGCGACCAAAAACUUCCAGAAGAUCAGCGAGGCAUACGCGACCCUGUCCGAUGCUAAAAAACGUCAACUGUACGAUCAGUACGGA